UUUUGGCGUGUUUGUUUGUUUUUUGAUUUUUGGAGGGAAUGUUCUUCAUCACAGCACGGAUAACGGAUCCCUGACUCAGUCUGGCUUUCUUGGCACAUAUGAAGAUCCUAUCCAGGAUGUUACAGUCUAAGCGGCCCAGGCAUCAUUGGGCCACCGUACACUACCAUCACCACAUAUCACCACAUAGCUGGGGGUCCUGCUGUGUCUAGGAAUUAUCUACCCUCCUCACUCUGCCUCUGUCUGGGGGAAAAAAACGGAAUCUUAUCCAAUAAGUGAUUUGGUGAACAUUGACAUUGGCUUUACGAGUCUCAUCUCUGGGCUACUAUGCAAUUACAACUGAUCUCCUUUGUUUGGAUCAUCUUGCACUGCAUGGAUUACACUGGUUGUCAGCAGCACAGCAGCUCCAGGCACCGGCCACAUAAACAGAUCUCUGGUGUGAGCUCAGGGUGCCAGCAGGGUGGCUGUCUGACCUGCUCUGACUACAAUGGCUGCCUGUCCUGCAAGCCGCGCUUGUUCAUGCAUUUGGAGAGGAUUGGGAUGAAGCAGAUCGGGGUGUGCAUGACUUCCUGUCCUCUGGGCUUUUAUGGCACGCGCUCCCCAGAAAGAAACAUCUGCACAAAGUGCAGGUCGGAGUGUGACUCCUGCUUCAACAAGAACUUUUGCACACGCUGCCGAGCAGGAUUCUACCUUCACCUGGGCAAGUGCCAGGAGAACUGCCCUGAAGGACUGGUCCACAGCGACACACAGAGGGAGUGUGUUCUUAAGUGCCCUGCAGAGUGUGAGUCGUGUGAGAACAGUGAGACAUGUACGCGGUGCCGGCCAGGCCUGUACCAACUCAGUGGGAGAUGCCACGAAGUCUGUCCAGAGGACUACGAGCCCAGUGACAACCUCAUGGAGUGCACAGAAAAAGUGCACUGCAUAGUGGGUGAGUGGAGUGAGUGGAGCCCAUGCCCUCGGCCUGCUAGAACCUGCGGGUUCAAGCGGGGCCAGGAGACCCGCACACGACAGAUUCUCCAGCAACCAUCAACCCAUGGCAACCCCUGCCCAGAUAUCUCAGAGAUCAAAAAGUGCCCGGUCAAGCGGAAGAAAUGUCAAGGAGGACGGAGAAGGAAUGAGCGAAGGAGGAAUCGCAACAACCGCAAGGAUAAGGAGAACCAAGAGGGGCGACAGGAGAGGAAGAGAGAGAGGGAGAGGGAGAGAGACACAGGUGAACGUGAAGACUCUGAUAACAGGAACAAAACGGAGCACAGGCAUCGCAGAGGCCAUGAAACAGAACCAGUUUCCCCUGAAGUCGGCCUUGUGCAGUAGUGCUCUGGAAAGACAAAGUCUAGCGCUUCCCCAUCCUCCUCCUGUUAUCAUCCCAUUCUUCCUUCUCCAAAACGCCGCUACCCGCACCCACUGUUCACCCCCCCCUCGACCCCUCUUUGCAGGGGUGUUGCUGCUACCUGUAUGAUUUGAAUAUAAUGUUUAUGCACAAGCGGGAUGGGGCACAUUCAGCCACAAGGCUUGGGCCACUAUGGACUUUAAAAAGGUUUUUUUUUUUGGUACCCCGUAGGCUCUACUCCUUCAUUUCCACCACUGAGUGUCUCUAUUGAAAAGUGCAGGAGACACUUCUGAGACUGCUGUUGGGACCGAAGAACAAAGUGAGAAUAUGUCUGACUGUGUGGAGGACUGGCAGGCAGACGGACAGACAGACAAAGACGUUAUAUUAUGUGCUUGUUGAUAUGGUUAUUUAAUGGGGCCCUGGUACAACAUUGCGCGUCUUGGUUUUUGAAUGUAGAUUUUGCAACAUUAUGUAGAACAAUUGUUUAUUAUUGUUGUUCCCGUUCUUUAGAUCUCUUUACUUUAUUUUAUUUGGUGCAGAAUUUGUAAAGAAAAAGUUAAAGUGAGUUUGCUAUUGCCAUCUUGUGACAUCUUCAUAAUCACUGCAAAUGACAGCUGUAGGAGAGCCUGCAUGCUGCGAAUCUAAGGAGUACGGUCAAAAACUGAA